AGGAGGGAGAGGGGGUGGAAGGAGGAGGGAGGGAAAAAGCCGUGGUGGUGGCAGCGGCGGCUGCGCUGGGGCUGGUGUGUCUCCCGCUGCUGCUGCUGCUGCUGCUGCUGCCGCCGCCUCCCGAGGAAGAUGAGGCUGAAGAUCGGGUUCAUCUUACGCAGUUUGCUGGUAGUGGGAAGCUUUCUGGGGCUGGUGGUGCUUUGGUCAUCCCUGUCCCCCCGGCCUGACGGCCUGAGCCCGAUGAACGGGAUGAGGGAAGGCAGAGACGCCAAUGCUCCCAUCCUUAACAGAGGAGGCAACGGAUUAGCUCCUGGGGGAGACAGAUUCAAACCUGUGGUACCUUGGCCCCAUGUGGAAGGGGUAGAAGUGGACUUGGAGUCUAUUAGGAGAAAAAACAAAGCCAAAAAUGAUCAAGAGCAUCAAGCUGGAGGUGUCAACCAGCAAAACGCCCUCCAGAGACAAUAUCUCACUUUUAAGCCUCAGACACUUACCUACCAUGAUCCUGUGCUCCGCCCAGGAAUCAUUGGUAAUUUUGAACCCAAAGAACCUGAACCUCAUGGUGUUCUUCAUGGCCCUGGAGAGGAAGCAAAGCUAUGUUUGGGACCAGAGUACAAAGAGUCCAUUCAUGCCAGCAUUAAAGAGUUUGGAUUUAACAUGGUGGCAAGUGAUUUGAUCUCGCUAGACCGCAGCAUCAAUGACUUGCGACAGGAAGAAUGCAAGUAUUGGCAUUAUGAUGAAAACCUGCUCACUUCCAGUGUUGUCAUUGUCUUCCAUAAUGAAGGAUGGUCAACUCUCAUGAGAACGGUUCACAGUGUAAUUAAAAGGACACCAAGGAAAUAUUUGGCAGAAAUUGUGUUAAUUGAUGAUUUUAGUAAUAAAGCACACUUAAAAGACAGACUAGAUGAGUACAUUAAGCAGUGGAAUGGCCUGGUGAAGGUAUUUCGAAAUGAGAGGCGAGAAGGUUUAAUUCAGGCUCGAAGUAUUGGAGCCCACAAGGCCAAACUUGGACAGGUUCUUAUAUACCUUGAUGCCCAUUGUGAGGUGGGAGUAAACUGGUAUGCACCACUUAUAGCUCCUAUAUCUAAGGACAGAACCGUAUGUACUGUGCCGAUUAUAGAUAUCAUAGAUGCCAACAGUUUUAAAAUUAUGCCCCAAGGGGGUGGUGAUGAAGAUGGGUACGCUAGAGGAGCGUGGGAUUGGAGCUUGCUCUGGAAGAGAGUGCCUCUGACCCAGCAGGAGAAGACAAUGAGAAAGACAAAAACUGAGCCCUAUCGGUCCCCAGCCAUGGCUGGUGGAUUGUUUGCCAUUGAGCGGGAUUUCUUCUUUGAAUUGGGUCUCUACGAUCCGGGUCUUCAGAUCUGGGGUGGUGAAAACUUUGAGAUUUCUUACAAGAUAUGGCAGUGUGGUGGGAAAUUGUUGUUUGUCCCUUGUUCUCGUGUUGGGCAUAUAUAUCGUCUUUCCGGUUGGCAAGGAAAUCCACCACCAAUUUAUUUAGGAUCUUCUCCAACAUUAAAGAACUACAUUAGAGUUGUGGAGGUUUGGUGGGAUGGCUACAAAGACUAUUUCUAUGCCAGUCGCCCUGAAUCAAAAGCACUACCCUAUGGGGAUAUAUCGGAACUGAAAAAAUUUCGGGAAGAUCACAACUGCAAAAGUUUUAAGUGGUUCAUGGAAGAAAUAGCUUAUGAUAUCAUCUCACACUAUCCCUUACCACCCAAGAAUGUUGAAUGGGGAGAGAUCAGAGGGGUUGAAACUGCACAUUGCAUUGAUAGCAUGGGGCAUGCAAAUGGUGGCUUUGUGGAACUAGGACCUUGUCAUCGGAUGGGAGGAAAUCAGCUUUUCAGAAUCAAUGAAGCAAAUCAACUCAUGCAGUAUGACCAAUGUUUGACAAAGGGAUCUGAUGGAUCAAAAAUCAUGAUUACACAUUGUAGUCUAAAUGAAUACAACGAAUGGCAAUACUUCAAGAAUCUACACAGAUUUACCCACAUUCCUUCAGGAAAGUGCUUAGAUCGCUCACCAGUUCUACAUCAAGUGUUUCUCUCUGAGUGUGACUCCAAUAAAGCCACGCAAAAAUGGGAAAUGAACAACAUCCUUAAUGUUUAGAACAGAAUAAAACAAACUAAUAACCUACCUACUGACACAUUAAUUUGUACAGGACUGAAAAUAGCCUGAAACCUGCUGCAGCUCCUCACUUUGUACAGCUCCAAAUCUGGAACCUCCUGAUGUUUGAAGGACACAGAUGAACUGUGAUAGUAUGAUAGCAUUAUCAUCUGCAGUUACUGUUUACAAAACUGCUUUUACCUUAAAACUUUGUAGACGUUUACAUCUUUGUGUUUGUUUGUUUUAAGAUAAUGUUGGUAAUUUGUGCACCUCUCAACUCUGUGGACUAGGAACAGAGCUGGAGGCAUUGUUUGUUACCUUCUUCGGGAUUGCACUCAGGGGUCUGAAGGCAGUUUUUUGUUGUUGUUGUUGUUGUUGUUGUUUUUAAACACACUUGAAAAAGGGUUGGAGUAACCAGACUUUAAUGUAUCACUUGGUGAUUGUCAACCUGUUGUAUCUUUAUUUAAUUUUACAUCUUUUUCAAGCACUGCCACAGGUCAUUAGCCAGGGUGGCCUUCCUCCACAAUCAUGCUGCUUUUUUGAAAGGUGAAUUUCAACACAUUUAGUGCCUCCUCCUUCAUUUCUCAGUAUAUUUUUCAAGAGCAUCUGAGGAAAUUUAUAGUAUGGUUAUGUUGGAAUUGUCAGCUAUUUAAGGAUAACUUUUCCCACCCAGAAACUUAUGUGCUACCACUUGCAACCAACUUUUGAAUGUUAUAUAGCUUAUGUUAAUGGAAGGCACAGACCACCCCAAGGGUACUUUAUGGUGUGUCAAGAUUUUGUGGCAUUAAAUCUCUUAUCUGCUGGCAUUGCUGGAACCUGUGUGUCACCACCGAGCCCUAAAAUUUAAAAACAAGAAAAGACUAUGAAAUGAAAAAAUGUCUCUUGAAUGACAUUUGGGGUUUGGUAUGCCUGGAGCUCCAGGUACGUUUAAAGAAAUGUAAACAUUUCUCAGAUUUGAAUUUUCCUCCCCCCAAAAAUAUGAAGUUAAAUUUUUCAAAAGCUUCUUCAGAAUUACAGCUAGAAAUUUCCAAGUACUUGUUAGAUCGAGCCUUACGUAAUUGCUAUAUAUCAUAAACUAAAAACUAUACAACUCAUGAAGCCAAGAAUGAUCUAACUCUCUAUUUAUACCUUUGUUCUAGAUGAAAUUCACUUGAAUAAACUGAACUUUUCUUUAACAUAAAGAAAUGUUCAAGAUGAUAUUAAAAAUAUCAGCCACGUUAAAACAAGUUCAGCAAACAUUCUACUAUAUACUUGGGCAUUAGGUUUCUUUUAUUAGUAUUUUUUCAAAUUCUGAACUUCUUUAGGCUCAUUGUCUUUGCUAAUUAUUUUUCCCAUAACAAUAAAAGGUACUUUUAUUUUAGAUGUUUUUGUUCCUUCCUUCCUUACUUCCUUCCCCUCACCCCGUGUUAUUGAGAGGACCUAAUACUAAAAUUGGUCUGCUUUUUGUUUCUAAAAACUCCAUUGUCCAAAAGUACAAAGAACAAAUAAGAUUCAUAGUAAAAAGCAAAUUGGACUUUCACUCUGAGCAUGCUAAUACUUAGUGAAAGGGCUUUAGAAUCCACACUGACAAAGGAAACAAUCUUCAGAGCUUUAAGAACAUUAUUUACAUAUUGAUUCUUACAGUUAGCUGAUUUUGAGAUUAUUGCCUAAUUUUUGAAGAUCAACUAAUGUUAAACAUCCCAAGCAGCAUACUUAUUUAUAAAGCCGUAUUUUGUCAUUGUAUUUUGCUACUGAUUGGGGAUCUUGAAGCAUUUCAACUUUCAUUCCUUUUAAGGGUAUUUUAUAUAAAUUCUAAACUCAAUCUAAGGGAAGCUUGCUGGGAUAAACUAAAGAAUGUGGGUAGUUUCAUUGCUUGUUAUAUGAAAAAUGACUCCAUUUUCCAUGUUAAGUAGAUUAUAAUCGUGCUAACUAUGCAUAGGCAUAAGAAAGGUGGCACAGACUGUGCAAAUGUAUUCUAAAUGGGUAUUUUGUUCAGUUCAUUAGAAUCUGACACUCUGUGAGUAUGAUUCUAUAUCCUGCAACUGCAAACUUUACAAAACAAAACCAUCAGAAACUGUUGCAGUAAUAACUUUUCUACUUUAGGCUGCUUUGGAAAUAAUUCCCAUAUCCUUGCUUUGUAAGUUGAUAAUAUCACUAUGCAUUUCUACAUAUUUUAUAAAUUUGAUUUAUGCAGAUUUUGAUACACUGUAUGUUUCUGUAGAAAUUGUAUAAAUAUUCAAAAGUUUUAUUAGGGGUAAAUUUGGGAAGCUUAUGUACAUCUUAAUUCUGGGUUGCUCAUUUUUUAGGUGAGAAAAAUAAAAAUAUUGUAUUUUAA